CUGGGUAAAAGUGGGCGGACGGGGAGCUCCUAGUGUUUGUGCAUUUAGACUCAGAGUCUGACAUUAGUAUCCUUGACUGCAGAAGGAAUUAGACUUGAAGAGACACACAGCUGCCAAACACACCGUCAUCAUGCUGAUCCUCCUCGCUGCCAUCUUUGUCGUUCACAUCAUCGGCAUCAUCCUCCUCCUGGUGGCCACCAUCGACAAUGCCUGGUGGAUGACCAACACCAUUUCCACUGAUGUGUGGGCCCGGUGGGAAAACAUUGGCGGAGUGUGGAACUACACUGAUCUUCCCACUGGUUCACACUACCCUCAGGACUACCUCCAGGCGGUGCAGGCCAGCUCAGUGCUCGCUUGUAUAUUCUCCAUCCUGGGCAUCUUUGUGUUUGUGGCUCAGCUCUUCACCCUCCCGAAAGGAGAGAGAUUCACCAUCUCUGGCGUCUUCCAGCUCCUCGCCUGCCUGUGCAUCAUGAUCGCGGCCUCCAUCUACACAGACCGCUUCCACAUCGACGAGAAGUUCGGCUGGUACGGCCACUGCUACAUCCUGGCAUGGAUCUCCUUCGCGCUCACGUUCAUCUCCUCCAUCACUUACUUUGUCUUACGCAAGAAAACUGCGUGAGAAGGACACUAAAGCUAGCUCCACCCAGCCCCAAACCUUCUAGCUGGAUCUACUCUCUCAACUGAAAUCUGGUGUUAGUCUCAGAUGGUGUAAACAGUGUUUAUAUUUGCUUGUUUUUGGAUGUCAGAUUUGAGCUGCUAGUGUAAAUUCAGCUACAGCAGACCUGUUGAGCCUCUCAAAUACACACUUGUGUUUGAUUGAGCCUGCUGUCAGAUAGGCUCAGUCAAUCCCAGGUGUAUUUGAGUGUAUUUUCAACCCACAGUUUGGGCUGGAUUUCUAAGGCAUCUAAGGAUUAAGAAAAUUUUUGUUGUUAACGGAACAAAUUUUGCCUUAAGAUAUAAAAUGCUAUGAUAAAUUAAGAUCUAUGGAGAUGUCUGGAUUAUAGCAAGAGCAAGUUGAAGAGUUAAAUCUGUGGUCUUUUUUUAUGUACAUUUACAUAUGGAUAUAAGUGUUGGAUGAAAAGGGGUGAGUUUAUGAUUUUAGUUUUUUUUUUUCUCCUGUUAUUUUAUUGUUAGUUCAUCAAUUUUAUUUCAUUUAUCUGCUCUGGUCUUACUUUAUAUAUCGUGCCACUAAUUAAACAGAGUGUAACUACAACGCGACGGCAAAGCUGUGCCUGUUUGAAGUCGUAAAGAAUCCAUUCAUGUCACCUGUUGUGGGUUUGUGUGUGAUCUAAUGGUGUGAUGACAUAACCUGUAAAAUCAGUAAAACAAUACAGCCGAGUUUUGUAAUUAUUUGUGAUUGGGAAAACAUCAAACUGGAUUAAAUGUGGAUGUGCAAUGUCAAAUCAUAAACAAACUCUGACACUACAUUAUUAUAUUAACUACUUUAGGUCCGAGUAAUGAACCCUAAAGUUGAAGGACUUCAAUCAUUUCUAAACGCAGCAAACACAAUAUUUUACAGACUCUCAGUUACACCAAGCCUGUAUGUAUGAAACAUAACAUCUUACCUGAAUUCACUAAUCAACUAUCUGUAAAUCCGACCGUAUUACCGAUCAUAUCUGCUCUAUUUCCAGCCAGCGCGACAGACAGGCGCCUGCCUCGACUCUGACAGCGUGAGAUAUAAUGUGUAAAUAUGUUUCCCAUGAUGCUCUGUAUGUUUGAUGCUGUUUUAUUUUUGCUACCGUUAUUUCUCAUUAUGGAUGACAAUGAUUUUUACAACAUUAAAACUUGAUUUACAACCAACAA